AUGAGACCUUCUUUUGUUGGAUUCAUCAGAAUACUUGUCCUUGUUUUUGUUUCUGUUUGCUGUUGCAGCUCUUGUACCGAUGGAAGUACUAAAGCGCAGAGAACUUUAGCAAUCAUAAAGCCGGAUGGGUUGCUCGGUAACUACACAGAUGAUAUCAAGAGAACAAUUUCAGAAAUAUGGUUUCAGCAUUGUCAAGGAACGGAUUGUUCAACUUGA